AUGAAACUUUGCCGCUCAACUUCCCCUUGUGGCUCGAUUUACAGCUUAGCUUUCAGUGUUGGUCUCACAUAUUCGCAGCACUGCUCACAGAAAUGGCCAACAGCGCUCAAGGAGGUAAAGCUUUUGGUCUCCUAAAGUCUCAACAGGAAGAAAAACUGAACUCUAUCAAUGAGGCUUUUCUCACAGAUUCACAGUAUGCAGAAGAGGAAGACCUGGCCUCGAAGCUUGAAAUGUUUAAAAAGAAAUACAUGGAGUUUGAUCUGAACGACAAAGGAGAUAUAGAUAUGAUGGGAUUAAAACAAAUGCUGGAGAAACUCGGACUGGCCAAGACUCAUUUAGAGCUGAAGAAGAUGAUGGCAGAGGCGGUCGGUGGUGCAUCAAAGGAGACUAUCAACUACCACGACUUCCUGAAUAUGAUGCUGGGGAAAAGAAAUGCAAUUCUAAAGCUGAUCUUGAUGUUUGAAGGGAUGGGAAAGGAGCAAGAGCAGAAAGAAGCUGGACCACCUCCUCGCAAAACUUUCUCAGACCUGCCCUGAAGAAAUUGCUCCAUACCAGCUAAAAAUUACUCUUUAAAAAAAAAAAAAAACUUUAUUCAGAUUUAAAAAUCCUCCAAAUGCUUUAAAAUUUGUGUCAGCGGGAAAAAAAAAUCAAUCAUAUUGUAAAAUGUGCAAUAUUUAUGAAGUAACUGAAUCAUUAGAAAAUAUGUAUUGUUUUAGAUUCCUAGUUAACAAAAUAAUGAAAUCUAAAUAAUAAAUCUUGCCUGCAUAGGAACUAUCAUCAUGUGUAACAGAAUAGUCUGUAAAACAUCACUGUGUUUUAUAUACUUAGGCCACAAUUUAACCACCUGACAACAUAUUUAAAAGGCACAGAGGAACAGUCACAGAUCUUGUUGUUGUAAGUUUGUUGGAAAUGUAUUAAAGACGAAUGUGAAAGAAAA